AUGGAUGGAAAGAAAGAAACUAAAAUGGUGAAAAUGAAACACGUCAUUGAUAUACAAGCAGAAGUUAACAAUGAAGAUAAAAGCGACGAACACCGAGGUCCUCGUCCUCACCUUCAGUUGCUCGCGCCUCAAACUCAAAUCCACUCUCAAUUCUCCGUGCGUUUCUACUUUAUAUGCUCAGGUUUGUUACUUUGGUUUGCGGUUUCAGAAUUUCACCCUCUUCAUCUCGAUUCCAUUCUGGUUCUUCUUCUAUUUCUUAUUCAAUUCUGUUCUCUGGUUUUGUUUUGGUUUGAGAAUGGGGAUUUGAAAAUUAGAGGUUGA